AUGACAAUGUGCCGGGAUAAUGGCCUCGAAGGGACAACGGUCCACUCGGAGGAUGAAAAUCAGCACCUUUCCUACAUAAUGGAUUGGAUUGGAAGUUGUGGCAGUGUGCAUCUCAGCCUCGGCAAAAUUGGGACGGGGCCAGGGAGGGAAACUGGUUUGGAGAAAUGCUACACGAUGUGCACGAACAAUAAGCUACAAAUGAUAACCGUGCAUUCCGUGGCCGAGUUGACGAAGCUGAAACAAAACUUCGGUCGUUUCAAAAAUCGGAAUCUCCAUAUUGGGAUGACAAAUAUCCAAAAGGGUAUCAAAUUUAGCAGCGCUUGGAGGGACGGUUCCGCGUUGAAUUAUGCUAAUUGGGCAGGCGGCGAGCCCUCUUUUAUCGUACCCCAUGAAUGGACGGCAGAGACAAUUCGAGAGAAUUGUACUGUGAUGGCUUUAAACGGGUUGUGGAACGAUGUGUCUUGCCUGGUGAAUGCUACAUCAAAUCUGGGGGCUUGUGCUUGCAUGAAGGAGUGC